CGGUGCGGUAACGGUAUUAUUAUACCAGAGUUCAGAACAAAUUUGUAGCAAUAUGAUUUUAAAGAGGAUAGCAGUCCUCUUUAGUCUUAGUUUGGCAAGUUUGCUCCUUGGCGCGCGCUCGGAGCUGGUUGAAGUUAUAGAUCUCAAUGCCAACUGGAGCAUUACAAAUCAAAAUCUGACGGUAAGCAAAAGUAAUAUUCCACUGCCAUCGGGCGUCUAUAGUGUCCUAUAUGGCGAGGAAGUUUUGAACUCCUACAAUGACAUCAACAUGCGUUGGAUAGCGCUGGAUAACUGGACUUAUACGCGAACAUUUAAAGUUGCUCGCAACCACUUGCCCAAGCACCUCUGCAAUUUGACUUUCCACGGCAUCGACACCGUCGCCGAGAUACGCUUGAACAAUCAUGUCUUAGGACGCACCGACAACAUGUUCGUACGCUAUAGCUACGACAUAACCAAAUUGCUGAUCGAAGACAACGUUAUCGAAGUACAGCUAUUCUCACCGAUACUGGCGGCAAAGAAACGUGCCGCAGAUUUCGCUACUAAUGCGACCAACUAUCCGCCGAAUUGUCCCUCGGAUCGCUAUCAUGGCGAGUGCAAUGUCAAUAUGCUGCGCAAGAUGCAGUCCAGUUUUUCAUGGGACUUUGCACCGGCGGUGCCUUCCAUGGGAAUUUGGAAAGGCGUAUACUUGGAAUGCUACGAUGUUGCGAUUAUUCGAGAUGUAGAUGUGGUUAUCAGCCGCACGAAAACGCACUGGAAAGCCGACAUGUAUGUGUACCUUGAUGUGGGCGGAUCAGAGGACUUCUUUGCUGAGCUCAAGUUCUACGCUUUUGGUAUCUUGGAGGAGCCAGUUAUCAUUAAGGACUACACAAAGCAAAGGGUGUUGCGUAAAAAUCCCGUUAUAAUGUUUUCACAAACUUUUCCCUUGAACUCCGUUAUUGCUUGGUGGCCCAAUGGCUUUGGCAGCCAAAAUCUAUACACUUUUAAUUUUGUGCUCAAUGCAUGGCUAGGUAACGAAGGGCCAAACAUAGAUUCGCCAACAGUCUCGCAGAAGUCAAUUCGCAUCGGUUUUCGUACAGUAGAACUUGUGGAACAGGAGCAAGCAAAUCGUAAUGGCUACACAUUCUUCUUCCGCAUAAAUGGCGAGGACAUCUUUAUAAAGGGCGCCAACUAUAUGCCAUCGCAUGUGCUGCCGGAGAAGAUGCAAGAACCCGAACGACUCAAGCACCUGCUUACUUCCGCCAGGGAUGCCAAUAUGAAUAUGUUACGCAUUUGGGGUGGUGGCAUUUAUGAAUCCGAUCUUUUCUACGAACUCGCUGACACAUUAGGUUUGCUCAUAUGGCAGGAUAUGACCUUCGCAAGCGCCAUGUAUCCAGUUGAUGCGGCUUUCCUUGACUCUGUUCGCACCGAGAUAGUGCAAAACGCACACCGCAUCGCCUAUCAUCCUAGCUUGGUUGUAUUGGCCGCCAACAGUGAAAACGAAUUGGCCUUGGCUCAGAACCUGUACGGCACUUUGGUUGAACAGAAGCGCUUUGAGCAUGAAUACCGGACUUUAUAUGUGCAUAAUGUGAUACACCAACUAAAGUCAAUGCAACAUCCCGCACGCGUUUCGCCGCUGUUGUCAACACCUUCGAUUGGGAAACGAGGUGAGAAGUACAAUUACAUUGCGCCGGAUCCACAAAGCGCACAAUAUGGCGAUGUCCACUUCUUUGUGGUCCAUGAAAACGGUUGGAAUGUCAAUAUCUACCCAACGCCGCGCUUUGUCACUGAGUAUGGCUUCCAGAGUUUACCGCGCACGGCAGCUUGGAAGAGCAGCAUGAGGGCCGAGGAUAAUUUAAUGGAUAUAAUGCGUCACCGUCAACAUCAUCCCAUGGCCAUGCUGCCGAUUGUGAAUUUGAUACGUCCGAAUUUGCCGCUACCGCUGACGAAGGACGCGCGUUAUACCGACGCACUGAUUUAUUUCAGUCAAAUCGCACAAGCAAUGGCCCUAAAAGUUGAAACCGAGUGGUACCGCAGCCUACGCAACACCGAACAUCGUACAAUGGGCGCACUCUACUGGCAGCUGAAUGAUGUCUGGGUCGCACCCUCCUGGUCCACAAUUGAUUUCUACGGCAAUUAUAAGCUCGCUUACCAUUGGUCUAAGGAAUUUUUGGCGCCGAUAACGAUCAUUGCUUUACCCGACACCAACAACAAUGCUAUUAAUGUAACGAUUGCUUGUGAUCAAUUGGAAGUGAGCAGCGAAACUGUACAUGUAACGGUACAACUUUUCAAGUAUGACAAGCUAACUGCGGUGAAUUAUACCAAAAUUGACACAACCUUGAAAAGCAAUAGCGCAACUAACAUACGAUCACUCGCCACAAGCAAGAUUUUCACCAAUGACACCACUGAAAAGAACACCUUCUUGAAGUUUAUACUACACAGAGGACCUAUUGAAAUCUCGUCGACCUACUUCUUUCCAAUGUCCUUUAAUAGCGCCGAAGGAAUCAGCGAUCCUGAGCUGGCUUAUGAUCUACAAUGGAUGCACUGCAUUGAAAAAGAUCAAACCUACGAGAAUGCCUACACCUUAAAGAUCGCUGUAAAGCGUCCAGCAUUCUUCGUCUUCAUUGAUAUUAUUCAUCCGAAGGUAGGAAAGUUUAAGCUAUCACAGAACGGUUUUAUUCAAACCAAUCCCACCACGAAGGUGAAUGUAACAUUCAACGCGGAUGAAUGCAUCAUUCUACAAAAUUCGAAUGUGAUAAUUAAAACAAUGCAUGAAUUUAUUUCCUAAAUGUGUAGAAUACACUGCAAUU